GAAGAUAAGGGAAAGAUUGAAGGGGAACGAAGUUAUUAUGGGAGCUAAUAAGAAUGUUUUGAAAACAUAUGGUGAAGUUUCUUUGCAUAAUUGUCCAGAUGAUUGUUGGGUAAUCAUCAAUGCUAAGGCAUAUAAUGUGACGAACUUCCUAAAUGAUCAUCCUGGUGGUGAUGAAGUCUUGUUGGCAGCAGCAGGCAAGGAUGCAAGUGAAGAGUUUGAAGAAGCAGGACAUGGCAGUGCAGCAAGAUUAAUGUUAGAUGAAUUCUAUGUAGGAGAAAUUGAUUCUUCUACAAAAACUACUGUUUCUACAACCACAAUUUCAUCGACAUAUUUGCUUCAAAAACUACCUAAAAUUGAUAAGCACAAGUCAUCUAGGCCAAAUAUUGUAAAAUUUAUUACAUUUCUGGUGCCCAUUGUAAUUUUGGGGUUGGGCAGUACUCUUCUUAGGUUUUGGUAUUGAUCAAGAAAGAAUGAAACUUAAGUUAA